AUAGCUCCUCGUGACAACGACGAGCUAGUAUUGUAAGACAUCUGGAUUUUGUUCUAUCAGUGCUGCCAUGUUCAGAUAACGUCUUGGUACCGUGAUAACGGCCUUUAAGGAAACCCAUUCAAAUCUGUCGUGAACAUCUAAUAUGGGCACAAACGUGAUGGCAUCUCUAACCACGAGAAUUAUUCCACAGCUACAUUACUUAUACCAUCACAGAUUUCUCUCAAGCGGGAAUCAAUGUUCCGUGUACGAUCUGGUGAUCGUCGGCGGCGGCAUCGUUGGAUGCGCCACGGCCCGUGAGAUGAUCAUGAGACACCCGAACCUGAAAAUGGCAAUUGUCGAAAAAGAAAACGCGCUGGCUAAACAUCAAACGGGACACAACAGCGGUGUGGUGCACGCCGGAAUUUAUUAUACCCCUGGAAGCAUGAAGGCGAAACUUUGUGUGGAAGGUCUGAAACUCUCGUACGAAUACUUCUGCAAGAACAACAUACCGCACAAGAAAAUCGGCAAGCUUAUUGUCGCCCAGAACCAGGACCAAGCAAAGCAAAUAGACCUACUCUUCGAUCGAGGUACGAAGAACAACGUCCCGGAUCUUCAGAUUGUUGAAAAAGACUGCAUAUCAAAAUACGAACUCAAGUGUCAGGGAGAAAAAGCUUUAUGGUCACCAUGGACCGGCAUAGUAGAUUGGGCAGUGGUGUGCCAACAUUUCGCAAACGAUUUUCAGAAAAUGGGAGGUGAGAUUUUUCUAAACUUCGAAGUAACAGGGUUCGCGGAGAUGGCGGAGGCAAAAGGACAAAGUGAACUGAGUCCCAUAUCCGUACAAUCGAAAAAUCGAUGCAUACCAACGAAGAAUGUGCUGACGUGCGGCGGUUUACAUUCAGAUCGCCUGGCGGUGAUGACGGGCUGCGAUCUAAGUCCACGUAUAAUCCCUUUUCGUGGCGAGUACCUUCUGCUGAAUGAGAACAAACGGCAUCUCAGCACGACUAACGUCUAUCCGGUACCCGAUCCCAGAUUUCCAUUCUUAGGUGUACACUUCACACCAAGAAUGAGCAGCGAUAUCUGGCUAGGUCCCAACGCUGUCCUGGCGCUUGCUAGAGAAGGCUACAGCUGGUUCGAUAUAAAUAUAAGAGAUUGCAUAGAAAUGGCGAAAUUCCCCGGCUUAUACAAACUGUGCUUCCGAUACUUCAUACCGGGCUGCACGGAAGUGAUAAAAUCGAUUUUCUACCCGCUAGCGGUAAAAGACCUGCAAAAGUUUAUCCCGGAAAUUACAUACAAGGAUGUCAAAAGAGGGCCGACGGGUGUGAGAGCACAGGCGCUGGAUAAUGACGGUAAGCUAGUCGAUGAUUUUAUUUUCGACUCCGGUACCGGUACUAUCGGAAGCAGAGUGCUGCAUUGUCGAAACGCGCCAUCACCUGCCGCGACUAGCUCUAUGGCGAUAGCAAAAUUUAUCGCUGAUAAACUCGAUGUCGAUUUUAAGUUCUAACGCAACAGUAUGGUCAACAUCAGCAUGCAUGAUUAU